AUGUCGAUAACCAGGAGACUAACCCCCUGGGCUCUGUUCAUGGCCGCCGCGGCACUAGCCGCUCCGCAUCGGUUCGACAGGCAAGCCCAACAACCUAUACCCGUAACCGGGAUGAACACAGGUAUCGACAAUCGGACCGGCGAGAGGCCUUCGCGGUGGGAAAUCAAUGCCCUCGAACAUGAAGGAGGACCUCGAUGGGACUUGUAUAUCCAGGGCCUCGCAGCACUGCAGAAUAAGACGGAGACGGACGAGCGAUCACAUUUCAGUAUCGCGGGUGAGAUCAUCCAUCAGCCAUCUCGGCCAUCUUGGUUCUCUUCUAUCCUCAUACAGCAUCUUGUAGGUAUCCACGGAAUGCCUUACGUUCCCUAUAACGGGGUAGGCCCGGCUCCAGGGGGCUCGGGCGGUGGUUUCUGUCCUCACGGUGAGGCCCAAUUCGUAGCUUGGCACCGCCCGUACCUCGCCCUCUACGAGCAAAUCCUCGGCUCCGAGAUCCAGCGCAUCGCCGCGCGCUACAACGCCAGCCACCGAAAUUCCUCCGCGUACCGCGAGGCCGCGCGCGCCUUCCGGCUGCCGUACUGGGACUGGGCGUCGAACGCGCAGCUGCCGCCCUCGUGCGCGGCGCCGAACGUCACGGUGGCCGGCCCGCGCGGACCCCUGACCAUGCGCAACCCGCUGUACAGCUACAAGUGGCCGACGUAUCCCUUGAACCAGACGCAGUUCCCCGGGUCGGUGGGCUGGCCCGAUGAGACGACGCGGGCUUCGGAUGGGAAGAGUGAUUUCAGCGUCGACGUGGUGAAUGCGAAUCUGGCGGCUGUGGCGGGGCAGUUGAAGGACCAGGUUUACCGUACUUUUGCCUACGCCGAGACCUACGACCAAAUGUCGUCGAUGGCGGACCCGGCGGGGGUGAGCCUCGAGGCGGCGCAUAAUAUCGUACAUAACGCUGUCGGUGGCUCGUUUGCUUCUAUUGAUGUAACUGCUUUUGAUGGGCUUUUCAUGCUCCAUCACGCCAACCUCGACAGGCUUGCCGCUCUAUGGCAAGCCAUUCACCCCAAUGAUACCUACCAGUCGCGGUCCUACGCCAGCGGCGGCCUGUACGGCACUGCUCGCGGCGAGAACAUGACGGCUGAAAGCCCGGUGAAGCCGUUUUACCGUGCCGACGGAAAGUCUUUCCACACGGGAAUCAGUGCCUCGUCGAUUGAGGCGUUCGGGUAUACGUACCCCGAGCUUCGGGGUUGGGAUUCCGGCCAGAGGAAUCAAGGAAGUAGUGAUCUUGUGUCUCGUAUCAAUGCCCUCUACGGAAGUGGUAGCGGCGGCGGCGAUUUUGGUGAAGCAAGCUUGGCCGGUGACGAGUGGUUCGUGGAGAUCGCUGUUAACCGGUCCGAGCUAGAGCUUCCUUGCAACAUCGAUAUUCACGUAGGAGAGACGUUCGCCGGACGAGUGGCGCUGCUUGGGAUGCCUAUGCACGGUUUGGCCUAUGCUGAGAUUCCCCUCCAGAGGGCUCUUAAGAGCCUCGGCUUAAACCGGACAGGCAGUAAUGCGGUGGAAAGGGUACUACGAGAGCAACUUCGAGUCGAGAUUAUUAAGGGGAGCGGAGUCACUUUCGAUGCUAAGGACACCACUGGACUGGUAGUGAAUAUCGCAGUCACGCACAUAGUGUCUCACGGUAGCGAUUUUGAACUCACCAAGUACGGACACGAAAGAGUUGCGUCGCUUGGAGAUUGGUCUGGUACUGGAUAG